AACACGUAAUACCUACUUGUAUAAAGUUUCGUAAACUAUGAAUUAUUAUGAUCCACCUAUUACACGAUAACUGUCAUUUAUGUUACGAUCGAUUUCGCCUUCGAUAUUUUCCGCGACAUUUUUCGCAGUUCCUCCGGAAUACGAUGAAAUACACCAUUUGAUCGGAUGAAUCGUAUUGCAAUAAAAAAAACAAAAAUCUGUUCUAACAUAAAUCGUGCGAUUUUUUUUUUAAAUAAACAAGUUCAUUCGAGAUAUAUAUAUAUAUACACAACAACACACACACACACACACACACACACACACACACACACAUAUAUCUCGAGAAAAUGAACGAGUUCCGUAACGAGGAGUACGAUCGAUUGAUUAAACCAAUAAUGAUAACUGGAAAAAUCAUUUCUAUAUGGCCGUUGGCAGAGAAUAGCAGUUGGAUAGCGAUUACGUUUAGAAGAUUUCACCUGUUCUGUAUGUUUUUCCUGGUGAUCGUGAUGUCUGUCGCGGUAACAGCCGACGUGAUUCACAAUAUAGAUGACCUGGACGAAGCGACCGAAUGCGCGUUAAUCUGUACAGCUUUUUACCUUUGCGUGGUCCGUUUGCUCGUCUACUCGUUCCACCAGAAGGACAUGCUCUACGUGGUGAAUACGAUGAGACAGGAUUGGAUCUCAUCCUCGGAUCAGGACCGGCUCAUUUUCGCCGAGAAAACCAUGUUCGCCUUCCGCCUCGCGAAAUAUUUUAUCACCACCGUCGCCAUAACCAUCGUGAUGUUCAUGUCCGUCCCAAUUUUGGAGAUCUACGUGAUCGGUAACAGCGACAAAGUGCUCCCGUUUCGAGGAUAUUUCUUCAUCAAUCAAACCGUGUCACCGGUUUUCGAAUUUCUCUAUCUGUUCAACGUAACAGCGGGCGGAUUUGGGGGAAGCAUGAUCGCGGGCGCUACCAGUUUCAACCUGGUGGUGAUAAUACACGGCUCGGGCAAAUUUGCCGCGCUGAGGAAGAGGAUGGAGGCUUUGAGCGGGGCCGAUCCUAACUCCACCUCGAUCAUGGGGGAUAACGUGAUUCGUCACCAGCAAGCGAUCAAGUUCGCGGACACUUUGGAAAGGAUCAUAAACGUACUCGCUUUGGGACAAUUCGUCAUAAGUACAGGAUUGAUUUGCUUCGCGGGAUUUCAGAUCACCUCGAUGAUGGAGGACAAGGGCCGGCUGAUGAAAUAUUCCACCUUCCUCAACUCCGCCAUUCUCGAGCUGUUCAUGUUCAGCUUCAGUGGGAACGGGCUGAUCGACGAGAGCGAAGGGAUAGGCGAGUCGGCAUACAACAGUGGAUGGAUCGGCAGCCGUUUCCAUCAAAGCGUCCAGAUCAUGAUGAUGCGCUCCAAGAUUCCCAGCAAGAUAACAGCGGCAAAAUUCUACAGCAUGUCCUUGGAGAGUUUCUCAGCGGUUCUAAGCACAUCGUUCUCGUACUUCACGGUGCUCACAGCCACGAAAAGCGACUAGUAAACGUCGCGGCAGCAGACGAACGGUUUCCACACGUUUCCUAACGAAUCGGUUAGACGGCGAUGACUCAACCUGCAACGGAGGAUAUGUGUACUUCAGUUAGAUCCACUAGCCUAAAAAUAUCGUGUAAAACAAAAUGUCGUAUGUGAACGUUGUAGUCCUACUAGCUUGUUGCUUGGGAUCGAUAGAUUUGUUUUUUUUUUUUAGAAGACUGCUGCUUCUCUGCACAGAAAGAAAAGCAGAUUUCUAAAAAAAUCGACUCGAGA